AUGGCUGGCUCACCACCACCCUCCCAAGAGGAUGACUCCCUCUAUCUCCACGCCGAACUCCUCCCCAACAUCCGCCACAUCACGCUCUACAUCUCCCUACCUGCGCGGGUCGCGUCCGACGGACUCCAGAUCUCGCUCUCGGAAUCCCGCCGCGCCGUGUCCGUCUCUCUCCCGGGACCCCAACACGACCUGUCAGAGACAAUGAAGCUGCCUGCUCGCGUGAGUGAAGCAUCCCGACGGGCUCUGAGUGCCGGGGCGGCCGGGAGAGAGGGCCAUGCGGGCGCGGACGGUCGGCGGGAAUAUUCGUUUCGGAUGCAGGUUGAUGACGGGGAGGAGACGCUGGCUGGGACGGAUGAGCUCACGGGUGGGUUUGUGCCCUGGACGGCGAGAGAUCUGUCCCCCGUGACGCGGCUGCGUUGUCUACAGUGUGAGCGUGUUGUGCUGGAGGGCGAUAAAGACAAACAUAACCAGGCAGGCUGGGUGUGGAAGGACCUGCCCAGUGGGAAUUGGGCCGAGAUGAUGGAUUUCUGGCACUGCCAUAAACCGGACCCGCCUCCUGGGGAAGCGCAAUCUGAAGACCCGAAUGCUGUGGUCAAGGGCUACGGCGCUGCGAACCAGGUCGUGGCUACGCCCGGUACGGUCUUGGUGGAUGUGGCGACCUUUUUGGUUGCGGAUACGGAUUGCAAGGGGCUGAUGCAGGUUCAAAGUGGGGACGCAGAUGGCUCUUCACAGCCCGACACUGUAACGUGUGUGAACUGUGACAGUUCAGUCGGCGUGGAAGACACCGUUGCCCACGGAUGGAGACUCUUCAAAACCAGCUUCGCUGCCAACGUGGAGGGAGAGGCCGUCCCAGAGUCUGCAUGGGAGAGCCAUUCGACUGAGACGGUGGUGGCUGCGCAGCUGCUCGAGUUCAUCGAGAGAGAAAGCGCGCGAAGAUUUGUGGUUCAUUGUGGAUGCAAGGAUGGAAUUCUGAUCUGGGUCUUCAACCCGGACCUGCGGUACUCCAACUCGAGUGCGCAUCACAGCAUUGCUGCGCAGCGGGCGAUGAAGGUCUUCUUCCAGCGUCUCGAUGAUGCUGAUGCGACCCUCCAUCCCGAUCGCGGGAAGGCGUCGUCUCUCUCUCUGGAGGAACUGAAGCUCCCCACGGCCUCCUUUGCGGCGUUGACAGCUGCCCUGGACGGCAGCAACGCCAUGCUGCCCGUGUCUGCGCGGGAGUUCCGCGAGUGGAAGGUGGGCAUUCUGCACCGCUUCGAGCGGCCCAGCGUGCAGCAGACCUGA